AUGGCUGUGCGCAGCGCCAGCGCCUUGACGCCCUUCUCCAUCCAGGCGAUCCUCAACAAGAAGGAGGAGCGCGGCGGGCUGCCUGCGCCCGAGGGGCGCCGGGCACCGGGGGGCACAGAAGCGGCGGUGGCCGCGGCGCCCGCCGUCUGCUGCUGGCGGCUCUUCGGGGAGCCCGACGCGGGCGCUCUGGGAGCCGCCGAGGACUCUCUGCUGGCGUCUCCCGCCCUGCCCAGAACGGUGGUGGGGCAGACCGCGGAGGGCGCCGGAGGCUGGGACUCGGACUCAGCGCUGAGCGAGGAGAACGAGGGCAGGAGGCGCUGCGCCGACGUUCCGGGGGCCAGCGGAACCGGCCGCUCCAGGAUGACCCUGGGCCUGGACCCGCCGAUCUGCCAGAUGCACGCCGCCAAGGACUUGGAGGAGGAAGCCCCGGUGCGCAGCGACAGCGAGAUGUCAGCCAGCGUCUCAGGCGACCACAGCCCACGAGCCGAGGAAGAACGCGGUAGUCCCGGGGGCGCGCACGUGCCCGGGCUGUGCGGCGCGGCGGGCGGCGGGGCCGGCGGCGGGCAGGCGGGCGGCUUGGAGGAGGACGAGGAGCCCGCAGCCCCCAAGCCGCGGAAGAAGCGCUCCCGGGCCGCCUUCUCGCACGCCCAGGUCUUCGAGCUGGAGCGUCGUUUUAACCACCAGCGCUACCUGUCCGGGCCCGAGCGAGCCGACCUGGCAGCGUCGCUCAAGCUCACCGAGACGCAGGUGAAGAUCUGGUUUCAGAACCGCCGCUACAAAACCAAACGCCGGCAGAUGGCCGCCGACCUGCUCGCCUCGGCGCCCGCCGCCAAGAAGGUGGCCGUGAAGGUGCUGGUGCGUGACGACCAGAGACAGUACCUGCCGGGGGAGGUGCUGAGGCCACCUUCUCUCCUGCCGCUGCAGCCCUCCUACUACUACCCGUACUACUGCCUCCCCGGCUGGGCGCUGUCCACGUGCGCGGCCGCCGCGGGGACUCAGUGA